UGUCCGGUAGGAUGGGACCAGCAGCAGCAGCAGCCACCGCCGCCACAUAUCCGUGCACGUCUGACCGCUGCUCCACUUCCUGGAUGGAGGAAAGAAUGGGACAUUUCCAGCUCCACUUUUUCUUUUGUGCACACUGACGCCGCGGAUGAAACCAUUUGACGGCGGCCACGUGCAGUCAAUAGAAUCCGAUCACUUUGGUCGCGGUUAAACAGAGCGACUAAUCGCCGUAUCGAUCCCGCUGGACUUCGGGAAUGUCGCUGCGUGGAAGCCCGCUGCAGGCGCGGUGGAGUCAGACACGUUACGAGCCGCUCUCGCACAGACGUGGUGCGCACAACGGUUUUAUUCCUCGAAGCUGAAGCCUGUUCUCGGACCGGAGGCGAACAGAUUCGUUUUUUUUUUUUUUUUUUUUUUAAUUAAAUAAACACUCUGCUGUCUUUACCGUUAUAACUUUAAUGCGCUGCGUUCGCGGACACUUUGUUCGAACUGAGGUCGUGUACAUGUGAUUUUUUUUUUCCCUUUUCCUCCCCUAAGAAGAAGAAAAAGAGACUAAAAACUUUGUCACUCGUUGCCUUCUUGUUGCUCCCUCGAUGAGUAUUCUAACAUGCAGAGAAUACGGGAACCGAGUUGCUGGUGGAUUUUAUCUUUAAUGUUUUUAACCUUGCCCGAACACAAAGACUGUCAUCCUGUGGUAUUGUCUGGUCAACCUCAUCAUGCUGGAAGUGCGCAUCAUCGGAGUCCAGGCCUAAUGAGGGAAAGAAGGGCAGCUGGUGACCCAUACUGGUCUUAUUCAGGGAGCCACGGGCCUCGAGGUUGGGCUGCUUUAUACCCAGAAUGUGCUGCGAGGAACCAAUCACCUGUGGACGUUGCUGAUGAGGAUGGUGUGGUUUCGGAGGAGUACCAGGAGCUGGUGCUUGACAAAUUCAGUGCAGAAUCCUCCAACCAGACCACCAUGAAAAACACUGGAAAGACAGUUGCUGUUCUCCUGAAAGAUGACUACUUUGUAAGAGGUGCUGGGCUGCCGGGCCGUUUUAAGGCUGAGAAGAUGGAGUUUCACUGGGGUCACAGUAAUGGAUCAGGAGGCUCUGAACACAGCAUAAAUGGCAGAAGAUUUCCUGUAGAGAUGCAGAUCUACCUUUACAAUUCAGAUGACUUUGACAGUCUCACUGCUGCCAUCAAGGAAAGACGCAUCAUUGCUGCCAUGGCUGUCUUUUUUGAGCUGGGGCAAAAAGACAAUCCAGCUGUGAACCCAAUCAUCCAGGGCUUAAAAGGAGUGGUGCAUCAUGAAAAGGAGACCAACCUCAAGUCAUUCAUCUUGAGGGAUUUGCUGCCAUCAUCAGUGGACAGUUAUUACCGUUACACCGGUUCUCUGACCACGCCGCCCUGCAGCAAAGUGGUGGAGUGGAUCAUCUUCUCCAGGCCUGUAUUUCUGUCACACUCUCAGCUGGAGGCAUUUUACUCCAUCUUUACGACCGAACAACAGGACCACGUCAAGUCUGUGGAAUAUCUGAGGAACAACUUCAGGCCCUUACAGAACCUGGGCCAUAGGAAAAUCUUUAAAUCAGCUGUAAAGGAUGCAUGGCAAAAGGAUUUAACUGAGAUAAUUGGAAGCCCUCAAAGCACCGAGGCUUCAAGAGUGUGUAGCAGUGCCCCAGUAAGCAUGAAGAUCCAGCCACUGAACCAGACAGCACUGAUGGUGAGCUGGCAGCGCCCACUGACCAUCUACCACCCACCUAUCACCAGUUAUAUGGUUUCGUACAGCUGGGUGAAACGUGAUAUUGCAGACGAAAAGACUUUCACCAAGACUGGAGACGAGAGCAUGAAAGCGGUGAUAACCAAUGUGUCUCCUGACAUCCUGUACCUGUUCAGAGUGCAGGCAGUGUGUCAACACGACCUGCGCAGUGAUUUCAGUCAAACGCUGCUGUUUAGAGCUAAUACAACAAGAAUAUUUGAAGGAUCUCGAAUAGUGAAGACUGGGAUGCCCACAAUUUCUCCAGCAUCUUCAGCAGACAUGGCCCCCAUCAGCUCUGGUUCCUCCACGUGGACCUCCUCUGGCAUCCCUUUCUCAUUUGUCUCUAUGGCAACCGGAACAGGCCCCUCCUCUAGUGGCAGCCAGGCUACAGUGGCAUCAGUGGUGACGAGCAGCUUGCUGGCAGGUUUAGGCUUUGGUGGUGGAGUCAUCUCCUCCCUGCCCAGUUCUGUCUGGCCCACCCAAGCCCCCGAAUCCAGGCGCAACCCCACCCAUACCCCAGUCCCACCUGCAAAGUCCAGUACGGAGCAGUCAGCGCCGCAGGGGUCUGACGCGGAGAACCCAUCUGAAGAGAACCAAGCGGCACGUGAGGGAGAGGAGGAAGAAGAGGAGGGCGAGAGGGAAGGAGAGCAGGAUGACAGAGAGGAUGAAAAGACGAGGAAGAACAAGACAGCACCUGCUGAUGUAGAAAAGCAUGUGAAUGGCACUGUGCCUGAACAGCCUUUAAUCCCUACCCCCGCAUCCACAGCCAAAGAGAAAGGACUAGCGAAGCCCACAGUCAAAGGCACCACUGUACCUGUAAACACUGCUGACAAUCAUUUGAUUCACACAGAAACCAACGUUGGAGACCGAGUUGCGGAUCCCACACAGGAGCCCCAUAAUGACAGUGCAGAGAUGCAGAUUCCCCACAGCUCCACACUUUCUCCAAAGAUCAGUGGUGGCGAGAAGAGUCUCUGGCCAUUCUCCGUCCACACUGACAGGGCCAUCUUAUCCAAUGCUACCCGAAUUCCGCACCCUGGGAUGGGCAGGAUGGUGUGGAUUGUCCCCUUGGUGGUCGUGUCUGCGCUCACUCUGCUGUGCAUCAUAAUACUCUUGAUCGUAAUGAUCUACUGGAGGAGAUUUUUCCAGACUGCUCACUUCUACGUGGAGGAAAGCAGCUCUCCUCGAGUGGUGGCCAAUGAGAGCAUCCCAGUCAUCCCAAUACCAGAUGACAUGGAGGCCAUCCCUGUUAAACAGUUUGUCAAACACAUCAUGGAGCUCUACAGCAAUAAUCUGCAAGGUUUCUCUGAAGAGUUUGAGGAGGUCCAGCGCUCGACAGCAGAUUUGAAGAUCACAGCAGAUCACUCCAAUCAUCCCGAUAACAAGCACAAAAACAGAUACAUAAACAUUGUGGCCUAUGACCACAGCAGGGUAAAAUUACGAGCACUCGCAGGAAAGGAUGCCAAACACUCUGACUACAUCAACGCUAACUAUGUGGAUGGAUACAACCAUCCCAGAGCAUACAUAGCUGCCCAGGGUCCUCUGAAAUCUACAUUUGAUGACUUCUGGAGGAUGGUGUGGGAACAAAACACCGGAAUCAUCAUUAUGAUCACCAACCUUGUGGAGAAAGGGAGAAGGAAAUGUGACCAGUAUUGGCCAACAGAGAACAGUGAGCGGUACGGAAACAUUGUGGUGACCUUGAAAAGCACCAAAGUGCACGCCUGUUACACGCUGCACCAUUUUCUUAUAAGGAACAUGAAAGUUAAAAAGGGUCAGAAAGGGAACCAGAAAGGCAGGCUGAAUGAGCGCGUGGUGGUUCAGUAUCACUACACUCAGUGGCCCGACAUGGGAGUACCAGAGUACACACUCCCCGUGCUCACCUUCAUCAGUCGCUCGUCAGCGGCUUGCACUGCAGACAUGGGUCCGGUGCUGGUGCACUGCAGUGCAGGGGUUGGACGCACGGGAACUUAUAUUGUCAUUGACAGCAUGCUGCAGCAAAUCCGGGACAAAAGCACCAUCAGCGUUUUGGAUUUUCUCAAACAUAUCCGCACACAACGCAACUACCUAGUCCAGACAGAGGAGCAGUAUGUCUUCAUCCACGAUGCUCUGAUGGAGGCGAUCCUGAGCAGAGAGACAGAGGUUCCCGCCUGGCAGCUUCAUAGUUAUGUGAACAGCAUCCUCACGCCCAACUCGACAGGCCGCACACGGCUGGAGAAGCAGUUCAGGCUGCUGACUCAGUGCAACAUGCGCUUUGUGGAAUGCUUUAGCGCCCACAAAGACUGCAACAAGGAGAAAAACCGGAAUUCAUCAGUGGUUCCUUUCUUUGUCUCCACAGCGGAACGAGCACGAGUAGGACUUGCCACUCUGCCUGGAAUGAAAGGAACAGAUUACAUUAACGCAUCCUACAUAAUGGGUUACUCCAGGAGCAAUGAGUUCAUCAUUACCCAGCAUCCCUUGCCCCAUACCACUACAGACUUCUGGAGGAUGAUUUGGGACCAUAAUGCUCAAAUUAUUGUCAUGUUGCCUGAUAACCAGGGCCUGGCUGAAGAUGAAUUUGUUUACUGGCCGAGUCGGGAAGAGGCCAUGAACUGCAUUGCUUUCACCGUUACACUCAUCAGUAAAGACAGACUGUGUCUGUCCAACGAGGAGCAGAUCAUCAUUCAUGAUUUCAUUCUGGAGGCCACGCAGGAUGACUAUGUUUUAGAGGUGAGACAUUUUCAGUGCCCUAAAUGGCCAAAUCCUGACGCUCCUCUGAGCAGCACAUUCGAGCUUAUCAGUGUCAUCAAGGAGGAGGCCAUGACUCGAGAUGGUCCCACCAUCGUCCACGAUGAGUAUGGCGCAGUGUCAGCGGGGAUGUUUUGUGGUCUCACCACAUUGUCCCAGCAGCUGGAAAAUGAAGGAGUAGUCGACAUCUAUCAAGUGGCUAAAAUGGUUAAUCUUAUGAGGCCGGGCGUCUUCACUGAUAUAGAGCAGUACCAGUACCUUUACAAAGCCAUGCUCAGCCUGGUGAGUUCCAGAGAAUGCGGCCUGAGCGCCAUGCACAUGGACACUAAUGGGGUGGCGGUGAUUGCGGAUGAGUCUGACCCGGCCGAGAGCAUGGAGUCGCUCGUCUGAUGACACUCUUACCUUAACAGGCACUUAAUUUGUAAAAACCCAAGAACUUUUGUGAGGCCUUUUUUGCCAGACGAUUGAUUAAAAUAAUAACCUUAUUACUUUUUAUACUGAUAAAAGUUUUUGAUAUUUAUGUUUUUGUUCUUUAUUUCUUAAAUGUUAUCCUGCUGAGUGUUUGCACCUGUUUAAGUUGACGUGAGGAAAAAGCAGCUGUGUCCAGUUUGCACUAUAUUAUCAGUGUUACUGCCUAAAAAUCCAGUGAGAGGAACUGUUCACGGCUAAAUCCCAACAACACAACUGAGAACCUGGACCACAACAAGACGAACGCGAAGAAACGGAGACGGGGCGAUUCGCUUCACGUAUAAACACAUUGGUGCGUAAGCCCAGCAUGCAUUAUGCCACUUUGUCAUCCUGGUCAGACUGCUUCCUGGUAAGAAGGUGAAGCUCUUUAUCUUGGGCGAAGAGACUAUUUUUCACGUAAUAUGCAUAUAUUGUCCAAAUAUCUCACUGCUGUCUUGUAAAAUGUACUUAUGGCUUAUUUUGUUAAUGUAGUGCUGCGACAUCUAAUGUGAACAUGUAUUGCUUUAUACAGGGAUUUAUAUUGUUUUGUAAUAUAUAUGAUAUACUAAAUAGCCAGCCGAUGUUUAAAAGUUCUUUUCUGUAUUUGUUUACCGGUCUUUAUGGUAAGUCAUAUUUUUGGCAACACUGUGGCUUGUGAGCAGUUCACAGCUUCAACUGUCUAAAGUCACUUGAUAUCAUAAUGUUAAUAUGUAACAAGUAUCCAUAUUCACACAAUACAGUGCCUACUAAAAGUACUCAGCCCCCUCAAACUUUACUUUUGUCUUGUUUUAGAUCCUUUAAUCACAGUGGCUGUAUUUACGGGGGUUUUUUGUUCUUGACAUUGGUAAAAAGAAGAAAAUACUUUAGUGCCGAAGGGCUCAAAAAAAGAAAAAACAAUAAAAUGUUACUGUUUGAAAAGAAAAGUUCUCCAGUGUGGCAGUUACCUUACAGACUGCAGCAGGUUUUCCUUCAGGAUUUCUCGGAAUAUUGCUGAUUUCAGUUUUCUCUCACGGCCAUCAAAACAGAAUCAUCGCCGCAGCGCCACGCUGCAACCUGCAGUGUUUCUGCCAAGGCUGUGUGUAGUGGGAUGACAGUGAUUUGAUGCCUCAUAAAAUCAAAUUGUAAAAUUGUCAUUUUUCAAAAAAUAACUAAAAAUUAAUCCACUGACAGUGUGUGACGGACAUAAAAUGUACAUCUAUGCCAAACUGCUUUAUUUUCACUUUGUGUCAGAGUCCUGUGCCUUCUGGCAAACACGAGUCCGGAUGUUAUGUCCAAGGGUUUUUGUUUUGUUUUCAUUGCCAUCAGCUUUAAAACACAUGUUGAAUUAUCUGAGCAGCAGUUGUAUGAGACUUGCUGACCUCUGGCACCACGCUGUGGUAUUUCAUGAUGCAUCUACAUGGGCUGGGAGGAUCCACUUUUUUUUUUUUUUUUUGCAAUGUUCAAAAAUUGUCCGCCAUCUUGAUGCAUCAUGUCACAUCUUGACAAUGCAUUGGUGCAUCUUGGCGGUUCUGUUAUUGCAUCUUACUGAAUCCUGAGCAUUCCUAAUGAUGGAGGAGGGGGGACCCCCAACAAGCCAUCACAGAUGCCAAACCCACAAAGACACAGUCAGGAUCACUGGACAGCACACAUUCUUCCUCUUCAGCUGCAGUCUGUUGCAGCAUUUGCAGUUCAUCGUCAUUGUCUAUAUUUCAUAAUGUUGAAAACGCGUGACGCGUCCUGUAUUUAAACCAGAUUUUGGGAGUUCCCUAACAAUGGACAAGCCUUUACUGCAUCGUGUUAACAUCUUGUCGACGUCUUCACACUUCGUGGUCUGUAGCCGUUGUAGGAUAUUUGUGAUGUUUCAUAUUGACAAGGUGACAGUAUGUGCAUGAUUAUUGCAGAUGUUUUGUCUGGUCUUAAUGAAGCUAUGGCAGUGUCUCGCAACACUGCUCAAUUGUAGUAAUAGUGGGACGCGUCUGAGCUCUGGACCUCGUGUUUGUGGGUGUUCAGCUUGACAAUUACUGAAAGUGAAAACCCCACUUUACCCUCAUCACUACUGAACAUCUCACACAACUUUCAGAAUGUAGAGCAAAGGAUAUUUAAUAAUUAGUAACUGUUCAAGUUUCAUCCUUAUGCCGUUGUUUUAUUAGAUUUAUAUGGAAAUCUGCGAUUGCAUCAUAAACACUUUUUGUUUCAAAGAAAACCUCACACAAAGAAGUACAAAGAAUUUUGACUUCAUUGUUCCUUAAAAAGGUAAAAUUUGUAGAAAUGUUACUUUGAUAUAAUUACAUCCACAGUGAUUAAAUGUUAACACAUUAAAAACAUGAAAAUGGGGUGAAAUACUUUUCAUAGUCACUGUAGUUUUGGGGGGUUGAUACUUUAUUUGCAACCAAAGAUCUGGUUCCACUUUGCAACAUGUUAAGUGUCCUGAGUUUUAUUUGUCAUUUAGCAUUUAAAUAGAGUUGGUACAGUUCCCAUUGUCAGAGGUGUGAAUUAAACAUCUGUUCUUCUAGUCUCAGGAACUCACCAGUGUUUAAUGGUUUAAUCACUAACACAUAAAUUCACAUUUUCUGGGGCGGGGGCGGACUGACUCUUGUCUCCACGCUGUUUUGUGACUACAAACCCUUUUUCAACUCUGGAAAUUCCUCACUUGAGUCACGCUGUCUGUAGUGCAUUCUACGCUCAAAUGUAUGUGCAUAUUCACUUCUCUUCAAAAAGGGGAGUUUGACGAAGUUAAAACCCUCCAACAUUUGGAGAAACAAACAGAUUGCUGAUUGUUUUGCUUCAGAUUUUAUGAUUUUUUUUUUUCUUUUGUCCCUCUGUGAUUGCCGCCGUUGUUGCAGUUUAGUAUUUUGAAGCUCAUUUAAUAUGUGAGUGCAGUGGCUGUGCACAUUUACUCCAGACGAUGUCUUGAAUUUAAUUGUUGUGGUUAUAGAAGUUUCUAUUUUCAUACAAAAGAUUUUGGGUUGUCUCGUGGCCCUGUAACAGAUUGUACCUUUGUGGAAAAGUUAUUAUCGGAGUCUUAACAGUAAAGUUCCACGAACAACAAUCUUACCUGCCCAUCCGUUGUUUUUGACCAGAUUAUGAUGUAAGAUCAUUCGACCUCAGAGCAUUUCUGCCAGGGUGGAAGGUAAUUUUGUAAAUUCUUAAAAUUGUUUCGUCCACAUCACUUGUUUAUAUGCAGGUAUCAUAGCAACAUAAUCCUAUGAUGCUGUUACAGAACAUAUUAAAGUGUAAUGUGUAUUUGAAUAGGUAAAAUGUAUGAUUAUACAUUAAAUAAAGUCUGGGCUGGGAUACA